UGCUGGAAAAUCAAUAUCCAGAAAAAUCGCGAGAAACCAGUGACUCAGGACUAAGGUAUAAGCAUUUAUAUGGAAAGUUUUGGUAGCAAAUACAUUUGAAUCCCUCUAUAAAUUCUCAUUGCAAGACAUCGAAGUGAAUUCAAGCAACUUUUAAUCAUAGGUUAUCAAUUUAUGGGGCUUGAUAUUACCAAGCAGGUGGUGUUGAGGAUUAUUGAGUUUCCACCCGUUCGGAUCGAACCGUUUGAACAGAAACACACUCCGUUCCAUAUCAUCGAGCUCGUGUUGUAAAGUGGCGCUCGAUAACGGUAUCAAAACGCAGUCCCGAGUGCAUCCGAGUCCCGGUAGUGCUCGCACGCUUGUGUGGGCACUGCCCCUGACGGCAUCAUGCAACAUGGCCACAGAGGAAAACGACGAGCAUCCACAUACCGAGGAUGACAAAACGCCAACUCAGGAACGGGACAGUAAUCUGCUGGCACGUUCCGAUAGCACAGAGAUUCUGAUCCAGAGCAGUGUAGAUGAUAUAUUCGAUGUUAUCAAAGCGGGCGAGCUUUCCGAGGUCGAGAAUUUAGUGGAGAAGGUAGGUCCAGAGGCGUUGAGUGCACGCGACAAGCAUGGAUACACUCCUGCCCAUUGGGCAGCACUGGAUGGAAACGUGGAGAUGAUGCGCUAUCUGGUUGAGCGCAAUGCUCCAGUCGAUUUACCUUGCUUGGGAACACAAGGACCGCGACCGAUUCACUGGGCAUGCAGGAAAGGUCAUGCCGCAGUAGUCCAGGUUCUGUUGCAAGCCGGAGUUGCUGUUAAUGCAGCCGAUUUUAAGGGACUGACUCCAUUGAUGACGGCCUGCAUGUACGGAAGGACGGCAACUGCAGCGUAUCUUCUGGGAAUGGGAGCUCAAAACCAUUUAACAGAUAUCAACGGGGAUACCGCUCUGCAUUGGGCCGCUUACAAAGGUCACGCAGAUUUGAUCAGACUGCUUAUGUAUUCCGGUGUGGACCUACAAAAAACAGAUAAUUUCGGAUCCACGCCGUUACAUUUAGCGUGUCUGUCAGGAAAUUUGCAGUGCGUUAAGCUGCUUUGCGAGAAACGAAACCUGGUGAUGGAACCUAGGGAUAAGAAUGGGAAGACACCUCUAAUGUUGGCACAAAGUCAUAGAAACAAUGACGUGGUGAAGCUACUCCAUAACGAGUGCAAGAAAAGAAAGUCUAGAUGGAUGCCACCGAUAUCGGAGAUCUGGAGCUUACUUUUCGGAGGUGGAGGAGCUUCCAAGGGUCCAUUGAUCUUGUUUCUGUUCUCGGUAUUACUCUGGGGUUACCCGAUGUAUAUGAUCAGGUGUAUUCCAAUAACAUGGAACAUUUUACGUCGUUCGCAUUACUGUUUCAUUUACUGGAACGCCGUCAUGUGGAUAAGUUGGAUUAUAGCAAACCGGAGGGAUCCAGGGUAUAUCCCGUUGAAUUCGGAUACGUACUAUAGAGCGAUCAAGCAGAUACCUUAUUUUGACAAAUGGAAGAAACGGAAUGUGAUACUGUCUAGGCUUUGUCACAGCUGCCGUUGUUUGAGACCUUUGCGGGCCAAGCACUGCCGAAUUUGCAACCGCUGUGUGUCUUACUUUGACCAUCACUGCCCGUUCAUUUACAACUGCGUGGGAUUACGAAACCGGAUGUGGUUUCUGUUGUUCGUGUUGAGCAUUGCUAUCAAUUGUUCGUUCACGAUAUACUUUGCCUGCUACUGUGUCAUGAUCGAAGGAUUCACUCUACUGUACGUACUUGGUUUAGUGGAAGCCUUCGUGUUCUGUGGAUUAGGAUGGAUUUUAACGUGCACAUCGAUCCUCCACGCAUGCAUGAACCUUACGACCAACGAAAUGUUCAACUACAAACGCUAUCCGUACCUGCGGGAUAAACGUGGUCGCUACCAGAAUCCUUUCUCUCGCGGACCCGUCUUGAACUUGUUUGAAUUUUUCGUAUGUCUGCCGGACCGUCAGGAUGAGCAGGACAUUAUACUGGACGAGAAUCUUUGAAAAUCACCAAACUCAAGCGUGAAAAGGAAACGAAUAACGAGCAGCUAAAAGCUUAGAGGGGGCAACCAACGGAUUCAAUCUUUGCUCACUGCUGCUACAUCAACGGCUUCCGCUUGAGGGUACUCUUCAUUGAAAUACAAUUAACUUACAGGACAUCGGUGCACGUGUUCCUAGCACUGUUUUUGUUGAAUGUGAUCAAGCAGAUUAAGUUUUCUUUUUAAUAACGUAAUUUUGUGAAUUGUGUCAUAAUUUUGCUCUAGUCUAUAUGCAGGCAUUAUUCGUAGGAAUAAUGCCUGCAUAUAAGUUAAUGAGCCUAUUUAUGCCUCAUUCCUAUAAUUACCGUACCGUUAGUCAGAGCAGCAUCUGUCAUUUUUGUUCAAUGCAUUGACAUACAUGGUAGAGAGAUGAUUUGGAUUCGAGUUUCCGUUGAGCACAAAACUUUCACAUUUUUCAAACCAUUGUUGAUAUGAUGUUGGUUGAUAGAAAGGAGGAAUAGCUAUUUAUUUAAAUUUCUACGCAUUCCAUCGAUAAUAUGCCGAGUACUUAAUGAAACAGUGCUGCAGCGUCUCUAAAUUGGUUCAUUACCUAUGUGGGUUUCACACGGCUGACAUUCUUUCAAAUUCAAAAAGUAAUGAUGUUUUGCUUUACGGUUACAAAAUAUGUUUAUUAUUUACCAACUUGCUGGAGUACAUUGAUUUAUUUGCUUAAGGUCCACCGUAAACACCCUGUUGUCAUGUGUAUUCAUCGAUAAAUACGUGUUGUUGAACAUUAGUUUUUCGUAAGAUUCUUUUUUAUUUUAAUAACAUGACACGUACAGUGUUUUCCCGAUUUAUGAACCCGAUCAUUGAAAUAAGACGCACGAAAUUCCGCUGAUUAAACGUAAAACAUUUAAUUAAAAGUUCUUCUUUGGAAAUAUUCAAUUUAUAAGGGUUUCUAAUUUAAACGACUAUGCAAGUUUAUUAAACUAAAAUUUUCGCACCCAUGGAAACUAAUGUUACGUUUUGCCAGAGUCUAAGAAAAGAGGGAAUUAAAUGUUACUUAGUAAAAAGAUACGACCACUUAUGUAUAUAUUGUUUUCAAUCGUAAUAAAUUAUGUAAAUUUUUACAUCGUUUCAGUAGAUUGCACAAAUAUAGAAAUACAUCUUAGGAAAAACGCCAUUAAAAUAUACGCUUCUAUUUCUGGGCAGACUAAAUCAGAUGGGUCUGAGGCGCCGUCCGCAUAGGCUGAGUGAUAGUAAUGUCAUUUUGAAUGAAAUAGUGGAAUAUUAUUGAACAGUGCAAUGCCGAUUUUGCAGUUAUACGCAUAAAUGUCAUAUGUUCUAUGGGAUUCUCUAUAAAUAUGCAUGGCGCAAAUAGGCGCAGAACGGCAAUAUUCUAGUUCUUGGUUCAUUCACUCGAAAAUCGCCAUAAUGCAUAUUCACUAUAAUUAUAUGCAUAUUUUCAAGAUGAAAUAAAAAUACUCUAAAUUCUCGCUAUUGCGUAAAUGUACUUUGAAAUACGAGAAGUUUUCACAAAAAUCUUGAGCGUUUUUUCAAAACGUCAUAUCUGCAAUGAGUUACUCUCUUUGUUUACUUUCUCUUCUGUUAAUAAUUCGGUCACUUUAACAUUUAUCCCUCAGCUCUUUGCAUAAUAUGCUAGCUAAAACCACCGUCUUUCGAUCUGUACUGUAAAAUAAGUGAAAAGUGUUAUAGUGACGCCGUAAAAAUCGAAAGAGAAAGUAUAAACAGAGAGUAACUCAUUGCAGAUAUGACGUUUUGAAAAAACGCUCAAGAAAUAUAUAUUGAAGAAGAUUUUACAUGGUUAGUUUUGCAUCAACCGGAAAUUUUUUCAACACACGCUAUUGCAUUUCACUGACUAAGCCCAAAUUAGAAUAUACACCCAGAAAAUCCUUUUUAAAACUAUAGUCCACAUUUCAAAUCGACAGCCAGUAAUGAAUAGAAACAUAAAAUAAACUAACAUUAAAACGAGAUGUCACAAACCAUUUAGAAGAUACAUUGAACAAUAUUAGUACUUUUGUCGGCUUGAAGCAAGAAAUAAAAAAUCGUAUUGAACAUCACAAA